AUGAGCCUGGGCGACGUGCGGCUGCGGUGGCUGCGGGACCGAGCGCUCGCCCUGUUGGGUCUGAGCGACCCGGCGCCUUUCGAGGAGCUGCUGAGCCGCGGCGAGGAGGCGCGGGCCGUGCUGCGCUUCUUCGGCGAGGAUGCGAGCGGGGCGGGCCCGGCGCUGCUGCUGCUGCUGCGGGCCGAGCGGCGCGGCCGGGACGGGGUGACUCAGGGAAGCAAGACAUCCCCUCUGCAAUCUGCAGACAACAAAAGUGUGUCAGGUGAUGACAGUACAGAACACACCCCACAGCUACAGGAACAGAAAGUUGACAAAGUAUGUUUCUACGUGGCUCUUGAUGAAAUUCCUGAAGGAUUUGUGUCAGAUUUUACUGUGUAUUUUCUGAGAGACACCAAAGAAAAAGUUGCUGAACCUAAGGACCUGACUGAAGCUAAUGAGAUUCUUCCUCAAGUGAUAAAGUCUGGUAUACUGACUGAUGACACUGCCCUGAUGCUAAAGGAUGCCAUCUCCCAGGUGUUUUCACCAGCUCUCUCCCAUGGUCAGCAGCAGACUAAGGAAACUACCUUUCAUUCAGAUAGUGAAAACACAGAUUCUGAAGAAAUGAAUUUACCUGAGUCUGACCUUGCAGAAAAGAAAGAACAGCCUGUGGAAAACUCUGAUACUUCAGUGAGGAAUGAAACUAUACAACAAAGAAAAGGAGAUAUUGAACUGGAGAUGCCAACUGUAAAUCUGGAUGGAGAAGUGCCUGUUCUUGCCUCAGAUCCAUCAGUGGUUCAAUCUCUGGAAAGUUGUGCAAUGACCUGGCAGAAAUUAAUAUCCACAGUUCUGAAGGAACAACUGAAAAAGGUUCCACAGGGUGAUGGUGCACUUGCAGAGAUUGACCUCUGGCGUGAAAAAAACGCAGCUUUAAGUGAUCUUGCUGAGCAGACAAAGCUUCCAGAGGUGCAAAAAGUCUUGGAAAUAUUACAAGAAGCUGAAUCUGAGUGUGCUGGAGAUUUACAGAUAGUCUUGAGUGACCUCAGAAAAUAUCACAUGGAAGCUCUGGAUAACGUUAAGUUUCUUUCAGCCCUCGAGCGCCAUUUGCAGAAUUUAGCAUAUGGCACUGGGGCUGAUGUUGUCCUGAACACAAUUCCCUCCCUGCUCAAUGCCCUGAAGAUGGUGUGGGUUAUGUCCCGACAUUACAACAAGGAUGAGCGGAUGGUUCCCCUCAUGGAACGAAUUGCAUGGGAAAUUUCCACAGCAGUGUGCAGAUUUUUGGAUCUACACACACUGUUUGAAGAAGAUAGAGCUGCUGCAAAAAAGAAAAUAACAGAAGGCAAAAGCAUUCUUGAACAAUGGAAGAAAUGUUACUUUACUACUUGUGCCCAAGUUGAAGAGUCGGGGAGUGAACGAUACUGGAAAUUUGACGUGAAACGUUUCUUUGAAAAAACAGAUUAUAUGGCUGCAGUCUGUCAAGAUCUGUAUGAUAUUUUUCAGGUCACUGAAGAGCUUUACAAUAUAUUUAUUCCUGAGCUGACAACUGUGACAGAGAAUCCAAAGCGUAUUGAGGCACUGCUGAGAGGAGUAAAUGGGCUGACUAGUCCUAUGAAAGAGCUGAAAUUUGACCCUCUGAGCAUUAGAAAUGCGCGUAGAUGGAAAUCUGUUAUGAGAGAAUUUAGAGAAGAAGUUUCAAUUACUGAAGAAAAGAUCAACAAAUUUAUUGAUGAAUCUUUUAAGACCCUUCGAUCAGCAGAAGCUGCAUUUGACAUGCUGGUAAAGUUCAAACACAUCCAGACUCGUGAAAAUGUUAAUGAGCACUUGAUGCUGAAGUUCAGUGAUGUUUUGGACCACUACUGCAAAGAGGUUGAAAAUGUUAAGCAAAUCUUUCUUCAGAACCUCAAGGAUCCACCUCUGUACAAGAAUCACCCUCCAGUGGCUGGAGCAAUAUUCUGGUCCCGCUCCCUUUUCUAUCGGAUCAAACACACCAUUAUCCGAUUCCAAGAAGUAGAGGAGUUGCUUGCUAGUGAACGUGGACAGAAAGUAAAACAAAUAUAUCUUCAAGUUGCCAAGAAGAUGAAAGAAUAUGAAGAUCAAAAAUACAGGGAGUGGAGAGAGAGGACAGAACACAUUGUCCCACAGUUACUGAAAGAUAAUCUGCUGACUGUCAUCACUGUGGGGGCUGCAACAAAUGUUCAUCCAGAGACUUCUGAGCAGAGCUCUGUAACAGAGGAGUCUGUCACCACCAAGAAAAGUCUCUGCUUUGGAGUGAAUUUUUCUCCCAUACUCCAAGAGAUUAUCAUUGAAACAAACUACAUGGAACAACUGGGGCUUCCAGUCCCAGAAAUAGCGAGAUACGUGGCAUUGCAGGAAGACAAAUAUGUUAGGUAUACAAGUAGAUUGAAAAACAUGCUCUGUUGCUAUCACAAAUUAAUGGAAACACUGAAUGAAGCAGAAACCAAACUUCUUGAUAACUAUAUCCAAGAACUCCGGAGAAUAUUGAAAUCAGGACAUAAAAGACUCACAUGGAACUCCUUAGGUAUUGGUGAAUUUAUUUUCCAAUGUACACAAGCCAUUGAGAAGCUUGAGUCACUUGUCCAUCAGAUUCAUAAUAUUUCUGAAGACAUAAGCAGCAAACUUCUGUUCAUAGAAUCAGCAAAUCUCUUCAAGCUUCCGCUUUCAAAAAAUGGUGAUGAACUUCCUGAAGCAAACGAAUUUUUUGACUAUAUUAAGUGUGAAAGAGCAAAAGAUGUGGCACACAUCGUUAGAAAGUAUUCUGAAAUCCCACUAUUGCUAAUAGAAGUGGAAGGACAAGUUGCCAAUACAAACACUGGCAAAUCUCCAAAAUUAACUUCCUAUUAUGCAUACUGGGAAAAGAGGAUUUAUCAGGUGUUGACACAGUUAAUUGUGAAGAAUUUACAGGCUUUUAAUGCAGCUAUUCUUGCAAAUGUGCCACUGUUACAAAUAAAAGCUGUUUUCUCUGUUCCUGAGAUCACCUUUCAACCCAGUGCCAGCGAGAUUGACAAAAUGGUGGCGCAAUCCAUCCAAGACUGUGUUGAGGUCACUAAGCACUUUGUGCGGUGGAUGCACGGCACGUGUAUCGAGUGCCCUCCUCAGCACGUCAGGAAAGAUGAAGUUGUCAUUUUCAGCUUCUACAGUGACGUCUCCCAGAGCCCCCUGAUGAUUGAACAGGCUCUUCUAAUCACUCACAAUGUCCACAAAGUCCUGGCUUCUCUCAGCAAGUAUUUGAACCAAUGGAACAGGUACGAGCCACUGUGGAAAUCAGACAAAGGCACAGUCCUGGAGAGGUUGGCUGCAGAAAAGCCUGCUUGUGUCACCUUUGAUGAACAGUUGCAGUUCUAUAUGAAGGUAGCUCAGGAAGUGACUCAACAGCCCUUGAUUAAAGAUGAACAAUUUAUCAGGCUUCAGCUGGCUCCUUUAGCCUUCACAGUGCAGGAGAAUGCUAAAGGCUGGAUGCUUUCACUUGGGAAGUUGCUUAAUGAGUCAGCAAGAGAGGAGCUUGUCACGUUGAGGGAUGAGAUUCAGAGAUUAUCAGAGAAUCUUAAUAGACCUCUCGAUACCCUGGACAAUUUCAGAGUUGUCCUUAGCACGUUUGUAGAGAUCAGAGGCAUGUCCUUCGAGGUGGAGCUGAACUAUUUGGACAUCCUGGAGAGAUACCGAACUCUUGCAUUGUACAAUAUUCCAGUAGCUAAAGAAGAGCAGGACAAGAUUAGGGAAGAGUGGGAGACUCUUGUCCUGGAAGCAGCACAACUCAAUCGCAACAUGGAUCGUAAAGGAGGUGCAAAAGAAACAUUCACAAAGGUUACACAACAACAAAUUAAGGACUACAGCAAAGAGACAGAAGAUUUCUUUCAGAAACUCAUUACUGAGGGGCCUGGUUCUGUUGGGGAUGAUCUUGAUAAAGGAUUGGAACUCAUGGCCCAUUUUGAUAAAGAAUUGGAGAGACUGGAAAAAAAGCAUCGGGAACUGGGCAGUGCUGAGAAACUUUUAGACUUGCCAGUAACAGUGUACCCGGACUUGAUGAAAGCACAGAAUGAUGCAAAAGGUCUAAGGCAGGUCUAUGAGAUUUAUGCAUCACAGAAAGCAGCUAAAGAGGAAUGGUCUCAGACACUCUGGAUAAACCUGAAUGUCCAGGUUCUCCAGGAGGGAAUCGACGGAUUUCUCAAAGCCCUCCGCAAGCUGCCCAGGCCAGUGCGCAGCAUGGCAGUGGCUGUGCAGUUGGAAACCAAAAUGAAGGCAUUUCGAGACUCCAUUCCUUUGCUGCUUGACUUGAAAAAUGAAGCUUUAAGAGAAAGGCAUUGGCAAGAUCUUAUGGAGAGAACAGGAACAAAGUUUGAAAUGAAAACAGAAACAUUCACUUUGGAGAACAUGUUUGCUAUGGAACUUCACAGACAUAAAGAUAUUAUCAGUGACAUUGUUGGAACUGCUGUUAAAGAACUCAGCAUUGAGAAGGGAAUGAAGGAAAUAAUAGAUACAUGGGAACAGAUGAAAUUCACUGUACUAGAAUACACCAAAGGCACUGAGAAGCGAGGCUUUAUUCUGGGACCCUCAGAGGAAAUUUUAGAGAUUCUUGAUGACAACAAUGUCAGCCUUCAGAGUGUUUUGGGCAGUCGAUUUGUGGGUCCUUUCCUUUCAACUGCUCGCCAGUGGGAAAAAACUCUGUCAUUGAUAAGUGAAGUAACUGAGAUCUGGAUAGCGGUUCAGAGAAAAUGGAUGUACCUGGAGAGCAUCUUUGUUGGUGGAGAUAUCAGAUCACAGCUUCCAGAGGAAGUCAAAAUAUUUGACAGAGUAGACAAAAUGUUUAAAGAGAUAAUGGAUGAAACUGUAAAAGACCCGACAAUAAAAACGUGCUGUGAGGUCCCAAAUCGUCUGAGAGACCUCCAUCAUAUAAAUAAUGUGCUGGAGAAAUGUCAGAAGAGCUUGAAUGAUUAUUUGGAUGCCAAGAGAAAUGCUUUCCCAAGAUUUUUCUUUAUAUCUGAUGAUGAGUUGCUGAGUAUCCUUGGCAGCAGUAACCCACUGUGUGUCCAGGAACACAUGAUAAAGAUGUUUGAUAAUGUGGCCGCCCUGAGGUUCCAGGAUGGUGACGAUGGUGAGAAGAUUGCAACAGCCAUGAUCUCGGCCGAGAAGGAGGUGAUGGAGUUCCGACAGGCUGUCCCUGCCGUGGGCAGGGUGGAGAACUGGAUGACAGCAGUGUUGGAAGAAAUGAGAAGGACCAACAGGCGCCUCACCAAGGAAGCCAUUUUUCGCUACUGUGAGGACAGAAGCAGAGUUGAUUGGAUGCUGCUCUUCCAAGGCAUGAUGGUGCUGGCUGCUAAUCAAGUGUGGUGGACUUGGGAGGUAGAGGAUGUCUUUCGGAAAGUGAAGAAGGGAGAAAAACAGGCAAUGAAACUCUAUGCCAAAAAAAUGCAUCAGCAGAUCGAUGACCUGGUGACCCGGAUCACGAUGCCUUUGAGCAAGAACGACAGGAAGAAAUACAACACUGUCCUCAUCAUCGACGUUCACGCCAGAGACAUUGUCGAUAUAUUCGUGAGGGACAGCAUCCUGCAGGCUCAGGAGUUUGAGUGGGAGAGCCAGCUGCGCUUUUACUGGGAGCGGGAGCCGGACGAGCUGACGGUGCGACAAUGCACCGGCACCUUCUCCUACGGCUACGAGUACAUGGGGCUGAACGGGCGGCUCGUCAUCACCCCCCUCACCGACCGCAUUUACCUCACCCUCACUCAGGCUCUAUCAAUGUUUUUGGGAGGAGCACCAGCAGGGCCAGCAGGUACAGGGAAAACAGAAACAACCAAGGAUCUGGCCAAAGCACUGGGCUUGCUGUGUGUAGUGACAAACUGUGGAGAAGGCAUGGACUUCAAAGCAGUUGGUAAAAUUUUCUCUGGUCUUGCCCAGUGUGGAGCUUGGGGAUGCUUUGAUGAAUUCAAUCGCAUCGAUGCUUCCGUGCUUUCAGUCAUUUCCUCUCAGAUUCAGACAAUUCGAAAUGCUUUGAUGAAUAAGUUGAAAGUAUUUCAGUUUGAAGGACAGGAAAUUACACUUGACAGUCGGAUUGGCAUUUUUAUUACAAUGAAUCCUGGCUAUGCUGGUCGGACUGAGCUCCCUGAGUCUGUGAAAGCUUUGUUCAGGCCUGUGGUUGUUAUUGUACCAGAUCUUCAGCAGAUCUGUGAGAUAAUGCUCUUUUCUGAAGGGUUCCUUAUGGCAAAGGUCCUUGCCAAAAAGAUGACAGUGCUUUACAAGCUGGCAAAGGAACAGCUUUCUAAACAACAUCACUAUGAUUUUGGACUGCGGGCCCUUAAGUCAGUGCUGGUGAUGGCUGGAGAGCUGAAAAGAGGAUCAGCAGACCUCAGUGAGGAAGUUGUACUAAUGAGAGCUCUACGAGAUAUGAAUCUUCCUAAAUUUGUGUUUGAAGACGUACCUCUCUUCCUUGGCUUAAUCUCUGACCUGUUUCCUGGCCUGGAUUGCCCUCGAGUUCGCUACCCUGACUUUAAUGAUGCUGUAGAACAUGUGCUGCAAGAACGGGGUUAUGUUGUUUUACCAGUCCAGGUGGAUAAAGUAGUUCAGAUGUAUGAGACAAUGCUAACCCGGCACACAACAAUGGUGGUUGGACCUACUGGAGGUGGCAAGUCAGUUGUCAUUAAUUCUUUGUGCCGGGCCCAAAACAAGCUGGGAUUGUUGACAAAGCUUUACAUAUUGAACCCUAAAGCUAUGAGUGUGAUUGAGCUGUAUGGGAUCCUCGACCCUGUCACACGAGACUGGACAGAUGGAGUCCUGUCAAACAUUUUUCGGGAUAUCAACAGGCCAACUGACAAGAAAGAGCGAAGGUACAUUCUCUUUGAUGGAGAUGUGGAUGCUCUCUGGGUUGAAAACAUGAAUUCUGUCAUGGAUGACAACAAGUUACUGACUCUGGCAAACGGGGAGCGGAUCAGACUUCAGUCACACUGCGCUUUGUUGUUUGAGGUUGGUGACUUACAGUAUGCAUCUCCUGCCACGGUGUCCCGCUGUGGAAUGGUCUUUGUAGAUCCUAAAAAUUUGAGAUAUGAGCCCUACUGGCAGAAAUGGGUCCAAGGAAGAGAAAAUGAGCAAGAGAGAUUUGACUUGAAUCGUCUCUUUCAAAAGUACGUGCCCUACCUUAUUGACAUGAUCGUGGAGGGAAUUGUGGAUGGCAAACAGGGGCAAAGGCUGAAGACCAUUGUUCCUCAAACAGAUUUAAACAUGGUUGUGCAGUUGACUGUGAUGCUGGAAGUCCUAGUGGUACAGUCUGAGAAUCCUGAUGUUCUGGAGUGUUUUUUUUUGGAAGCUUUGUACUGCUCCUUAGGUGCUACUCUUCUUGAUGCCGGGAGAAUUAAAUUUGAUGAAAAUGUUAAACGUAUUUCCUGCAUGUCCACUGUUAAGGAUGACAACACCCUGGCUAAGGCAGGGGAGCUGCCAGGUCAGCUGCCAACUUUGUAUGACUUUCAUUUUGAUGGAUCUGAAAAAAAGUGGGUACCUUGGAUGCAACUUGUUCCUGAAUAUAUUCAUAACCCUGAAGUGAAAUUUCUUGACAUUCUAGUGCCCACAGUGGACACAACUCGCACGUCUUGGUUACUGGAACAGAUGGUGAAGAUAAAACGCCCAGUUGUCCUUGUAGGUGAAUCGGGCACAUCCAAGACAGCAACUACACAGAACUUCCUGAGCAAUCUGGACAAAGACCUCAAUCUGGUGCUGGUAAUUAACUUCUCUUCUCGUACAACAUCCAUGGACAUUCAGAGAAACCUGGAGACAAAUGUAGAAAAACGAACUAAGGACACUUUUGGCCCUCCCAUGGGAAAACGUCUCCUGGUGUUCAUGGAUGAUAUGAAUAUGCCAAAGGUGGAUGAGUAUGGCACCCAGCAGCCCAUUGCCCUGCUGAAGCUGCUGCUGGAAAAGGGUUUCUUGUACGACCGUGGGAAGGAGAUGAACUGUAAAUUCCUUCGAGACCUGGGAUUUAUUGCUGCCAUGGGCAAGGCUGGAGGAGGUCGGAAUGAAGUGGACCCUCGGUUCAUCUCACUCUUCAGUGUUUUUAACAUACCUUUUCCUUCUGAACAUUCACUGAAGUCGAUCUACUCCUCCAUCCUGAAAGGCCACACUGCGACAUUUACUGAGGCAAUAUCAGCCAUCUCUGACAAGAUCACUCUGUGUACUUUGGAGCUUUAUAAAAUGAUUAUUAGUGACCUACCCCCAACUCCUUCCAAAUUCCAUUACAUUUUUAACCUGCGGGAUCUUUCCAGAGUCUACAAUGGACUUGUUCUUACAAGUUCAGAGAGGUUUCAAAAAGUGACCCAGAUGGUGAGAGUUUGGAGAAAUGAGUGCCUGAGGGUUUUCCAUGACAGGCUGAUUAAUGAAGAAGACAAAGCAUUGGUACAAGGUCAUAUAAAAAGCUUGGUGGAAGAGCAUUUUGCAGAUGAACUGGAGCAUGCCAUGAGGGAUCCAGUUCUUUUUGGGGAUUUCAGAACAGCACUGAAUGAAGCUGAACCUCGUGUUUAUGAAGAUAUCCAAGACUAUGAUGUAGCAAAAGCUCUCUUUCAGGAGAUUUUGGAUGACUACAAUGAAUUCAAUAUUAAGAUGAGUCUGGUUCUUUUUGAUGAUGCUUUGGAGCACUUGAUCCGUAUCCAUCGCAUCAUCCGCAUGGACCGAGGGCAUGCCCUGCUCAUCGGAGUGGGAGGCUCAGGGAAGCAAUCCCUAACAAGGUUGGCUGCCUACACAGCUGGAUGUGAGAUAUUUGAGAUCGUCUUGGUUCGAGGAUACGGAGAAAAUAAUUUCCGAGAGGAUUUGAAAAAUCUGUACCAGAAGCUGGGUAUUAAGAACACGCCAGUGGUGUUCUUAUUUACAGAUGGCCAUGUGGCAGAGGAGAGUUUCCUGGAACUCAUCAACAACAUGUUGACUUCAGGAAUGGUGCCAGCCCUUUUUGCAGAUGAUGAAAAAGACGCCAUCCUAAGUCAGAUUGGUGAGGAAGCUGCUAAAGCUGGAGUGCACACAGCUAAAGAGAGUGUCUGGCAAUAUUUUGUAAGCAAAUGUGCAAGCAACCUUCACAUCGUCCUGGGAAUGUCCCCAGUUGGGGACGAUCUGAGAACGUGGUGCAGAAAUUUCCCAGGUCUUGUCAACAACACUGGUAUUGACUGGUUCUUGCCCUGGCCCGCCCAGGCCUUGUUUGCAGUUGCACAGUCCAUUGUGGUAAAGAACCCACGUAUCCCACCAGAGAGCUCCAAGUCAGUGAUUGAGCACAUGGUGAUGGUGCAUGAAUCUGUAGGGGAUUUCAGCAAGAGAUUUCUGGAGAAACUGAGACGUAUCAAUCAUGUCACACCAAAGAAUUACCUUGAUUUUAUCAGUACUUACACAAAAUUGCUGGAGGAGAAAAAUGAGUUCAUUUUAGCACAAUGUAAGCGACUGGAUGGGGGGUUAGUUAAGCUGAAGGAAGCUGCUGUACAGCUGGCUGAGCUGAACCAGAAACUUGCUGAGCAAAAGAUUGUGCUAACAGAAAAAACAGCUGCCUGUGAGGCUUUGUUACGAGAGAUUGCAACAAACACAGAAGUAGCUGGGGUGAAGAAAAAGCUGGCUGAAGAAAAAGCUAUAGAGAUACAGGAGCAGAAUAAGGUUAUUGCUGUGGAGAAGGCAGAGGCUGAAGAAGCUUUGGAUCAAAUCAAGCCUAUUUUAGAAGCUGCCAAAAUGGAGGUUGAGAAGCUUGACAAGGCUGAAGUUACUGAACUCAGAUCCUUUGCAACACCCCCCAAGCAGGUGCAGGUUGUCCUGGAUUGUAUUCUUAUCAUGAGAGGUUACAAGGAGCUGAACUGGAAGAACGCCAAGGCAAUGAUGGCUGACACAAAUUUCCUGCGACAACUGUUGACGACGGAUUUUAGGGCAAUUCCAUGGAGUAAUGUGAAGUCUAUGAGAGCUCUGUUAAGGAAUCUUAAUACUACCUUUGCUGAAAUGGAAGUUAUUAGCAGAGCAGGACUGGGAAUGUUGAAGUUUGCUGAAGCAGUGGUGACCUACUGUGAUGUAGUGAAAAAUGUCAAGCCCAAGGAAGAAAAGGUGGCAAGGCUAGAACGGAACUAUUUGUUAAGUAAGCAGGAACUGGAAAGGAUACAGGCAGAGUUGGUUGCUCUCCAGGCUGAGCUUAAAGCUUUGGAUGACAAAUAUCAACAGGCCAUAAAAGAAAACCAGAAGUUACAAGAAGAAGCAGAGAUUAUGCAGAGAAGAUUAGAGGCUGCUGACAAGCUCAUUGCUGGCUUGAAAUCUGAGAAUGAGAGGUGGACAGAGGAAUUCAAGGAAUAUGAAAUACGAAAGGUGAAGUUGCUUGGAGACUGUCUACUUGCUGCUGCCUUUCUGAGCUAUGAGGGAGCGUUCAGCUGGGACUUUCGUCAUGAAAUGAUGUAUAAGGUGUGGCACGAAGAUAUCUUCUCCCGAGAAAUUCCAUGCAGUGAAUCUUUUAGGUUAGAAAGCCUCCUGACUAAUGAGGUGGAGGUCAGCAGAUGGGUUUCCCAAGGAUUGCCUCCAGAUGAGCUCUCUAUCCAGAAUGGCAUCCUGACAACAUAUGCAAGUCGCUUCCCACUCUGUAUUGACCCACAGCAACAGGCAUUACAUUGGAUUAAGAAGAAAGAAGAAAAAAAUGAUCUGAAGAUGGCUUCCUUUAAUGACCCAGAUUUCCUUAAACAACUAGAACUGGCCAUAAAGUAUGGAAACCCUUUCUUGUUGCACAGUGUGGAUGAAUACAUCGAUCCUGUGAUAGACAAUGUCUUAGAGAAGAACAUCAAAGUUUUACAGGGGCGAGCAUUCAUCGUCCUGGGGGACAAAGAGGUCGACUAUGACAGUAAUUUUAGAUUGUACCUGAACACCAAAUUAGCAAACCCAAAGUAUUCUCCCUCUGUGUUUGGCAAAGCCAUGGUUAUCAAUUACACAGUUACACUGAAGGGCCUGGAGGAUCAGCUGCUCAGCGUCAUCACGGGCUUUGAAAGGAGGGAAUUGGAAGAACAGAGAGAACGUCUCAUCCAGGAGACAAGUGAGAACAAAAACCUGCUGAAAAAUCUGGAAGACACUCUCCUUCAUGGACUGACAACUUCCACAGGAAACAUGUUGGACAACGUGGAGUUGGUGAAAACCCUGGAAGAGACAAAAUUCAAAGCUACUGAGGUGAUUGAGAAACUGAAGCUGGCUGAGACGACAGCAGCAGAUAUUGAUGUCCUUCGGGAGGGUUACAGACCAGCUGCCAAGAGGGGAGCCAUCCUCUUCUCUGUAUUGUCUGAAAUGGCACUUGUCAACAUGAUGUACCAGUUCUCACUGGUCUCCUUCUUGGAGGUUUUUGGAUUCUCUCUCCGGAAAUCCAUGCCCAACCCGAUUCUUCCAAAGCGGUUAAAAAACAUCAUGGAUACACUGACUCUGAACACCUACAACUAUGGCUGCACAGGCUUGUUUGAGAGGCACAAGUUACUGUUCUCCUUUAAUAUGACUGUCAAGAUAGAACAAGCUGAUGGAAGAAUUCCACAAGAAGAAUUUGAGUUCUUUUUGAAAGGCAAUGUUUCCCUGGAGAAGAGUGCCCGGAAGAAACCGUACGCUUGGCUUCCAGAUCAAGGCUGGGAAGACCUGAUGCGCUUGUCUGAACUAUUUCCUGAGACGUUUGAAUCUCUUCCAGAUGAUGUGGAAGACAAUCCAGAUGAAUGGAAAAAUUGGUAUGACACAGAUGCUCUGGAGCAGACCCCAUUCCCAAUGCAGUAUCAGGACAGUCUCACAGACUUCCAGAAGCUCCUGCUUUUACGGUGUUUCCGGGUGGACCGGAUGUAUCGGGCGGUCACGGACUUUGUGACAGUGACAAUGGGGGAGACGUAUGUGCAGCCCCCUGUGAUCAGCUUCGAGGCCAUCCUGCAGCAAAGCAGCCCUUUCUCACCUGUGGUUUUUAUCCUAAGUCCUGGCUCUGAUCCCGUCAAUGACCUCAUGAAACUGGCUGAGAGGACAGAGUUUGCAGCAGAGAGACUCAAAUUCCUGGCCAUGGGACAAGGCCAAGAAAAGAUCGCUUUGCAGAUGCUGGAGGAGGCAGUGGUUCAAGGAGAAUGGCUCAUGCUGCAGAACUGUCACCUCCUGGUGAAGUGGCUCAUCCAUCUGGAAAAGGCCCUGGAGAAGAUUACAGAGCCUCACUCGGACUUUCGCCUCUGGCUGACAACUGACCCAACUAAAGGCUUCCCAGUUGGAAUCCUGCAGAAGGCCCUAAAGGUUGUUACAGAACCACCUAAUGGUCUGAAACUGAACAUGAGAGCCACCUACUUCAAAAUUCCCCAGGAAGCCUUAGAGCAGUGCCCACAUCCUGCCUUUAAGUCCUUAGUCUAUGUCUUGGCAUUUUUCCAUGCUGUGGUUCAGGAGAGAAGGAAGUUUGGAAAGGUUGGCUGGAAUGUACCGUAUGAUUUUAAUGAAUCUGAUUUCCAGGUCUGCAUGGAAAUCCUUAACACAUACUUGACAAAAGCUUUUGAACAAAAUGAUGAUCAAAUCCCUUGGAGCAGCCUCAAAUAUCUUAUUGGGGAGGUCAUGUACGGAGGGCGCGCCAUCGACAGCUUUGACCGGCGCAUCCUGACCAUCUACAUGGACGAGUACCUGGGGGAUUUCCUGUUCGACACCUUCCAGGUGUUUCACUUCUAUAAAAACGACAAGGUUGAUUAUAAAAUUCCACAAGGGACAGUCAAAGAUGACUUUGUUGAGGCCAUAGAAGCUCUGCCGCUUUCCAACCCUCCAGAGGUGCUUGGACUCCAUGCCAACGCCGAGAUCGGGUAUUACACGCAGGCGGUGCGGGAUAUGUGGGCUCACCUGCUGGAGCUGCAACCCCAAACAGGUGAAACUGGUGCAGGAAUUAGCCGAGAUGAAUAUAUUGCAAACAUUGCCAAGGAUAUAGAAAACAAAUUACCCCAAGUAUUUGAUCUUGACCACAUACGGAAAAAUUUUGGCACAAACAUCUCCCCUACGACUGUGGUGCUGCUGCAGGAACUGGAGCGAUUUAAUAAGCUGAUCGUUCGAAUGGGAAAGUCACUGGCUGAGCUACAACGGGCCUUGGCUGGGGAAGUUGGAAUGAGCAGUGAACUGGAUGACGUGGCUCAGGCUCUCUUCAAUGGGCAGAUUCCCGGCAUCUGGCGGCGGUUGGCUCCCGACACACUCAAAACACUUGGAAAUUGGAUUAUUUUCUUUCAAGAUCGGUAUAACCAGUAUUCCAGCUGGGUUAACGAGUGUGAGCCCCCGGUGAUGUGGCUGUCGGGCCUCCACAUUCCCGAAUCCUACCUGACAGCUCUUGUUCAAGCCACCUGCAGGAAAAACAGGUGGCCCCUGGAUCACUCCACCCUCUACACAGAGGUAACCAAGUUCAGGACAGCAGAAGAAAUCACUGACGAGGGGUCUACUCAGGGCUGCUUUGUUUCUGGUCUGUUCCUGGAAGGAGCAGACUGGGACAUGGAGCAAGGCUGCCUUAUCCAAAGCAAGCCCCGCGUGCCGGUGGUGGAGCUGCCCAUCCUGAAGAUAAUCCCCACGGAAGCACACAGGCUCCGACUGCAGAACACGCUCCGGACCCCCGUGUACACAACGUCCAUGCGAAGGAACGCGAUGGGCUUCGGCCUCGUGUUUGAAGCUGAUCUUUACACCACGAGGCACAUUUCCCACUGGGUCCUUCAAGGUGUUUGUCUCACCUUGAAUGCAGAGUGACAGCUGAAGUAGGCAGUACACUCUUCCCCCAGAAUCCAACCCUUUAGAGGGGCAGGGAGAAGACCCUCAACCCAGGCAGAGAUUCAGCAGCAAGGGGGUGGGGCAGUGUUCACUUAGGCACACCUGACUUUAAAUAGUAUUAAUUAGCUUGGUUGUAUUAUGCUCCAAAUAAACACAUUUGAAGAGGAAAGUGUU